CUCUACACUUGUAUCUCUAUUUCUGCCCUGCAAACUGGUUUUUCGAGGUUCCACAUAUAUGCGUUAAUAUACGAUAUUUGUUUUUCUCUUUCUGACUUAACUUCACUCUGUAUGACAGACUCUGUAUGACGUAGAUCCAUCCACGUCACUACAAAUGACCCAAUUUCGUUCCUGUUUAUGGUUGAGUAAUAUUCUAUUGUAUAUAUGUACCACAUCUUCUUUAUCCAUUUGUCUGCUGAUGGGUAUUUAGGUUGCUUCCAUAUCCUGCCUAUUGUACAUAGUGCUGCAGUGAACAUUGGGGUGCAUGUGUCUUUUUGAAUUAUGGUUUUCUGUGGGUAUAUGCCCAGUAGUGGGACUGCUGGGUCAUGUGGUAAUUCUAUUUUUCGUUUUUUUAGGAACCUCCAUACUGUUCUCCAUAGCGGCUGUAUCAAUUUACAUUCCCACCAACAGUGCAAGAGAGUUCUCUCUCCUCCACACCCUCUCCAGCAUUUGUUGUUUGUAGAUUUUCUGAGGAUGCCCAUUCUGACCGGCGUAAGACUUAGCUUUGGAACCAAACCCUUCUGACCACCCAAGGCCAAGCACAGUUUUUCGGAGCAAAUCUCAAACAGAGGUGCGGGAAAAGAGGACGAGCAGCCCUUUAAACCAUGUAAGUAAACAGUUGAAAAGUUAAGAAAUUAAUAGUUUGAAUUAAAAAUAUGUCUGCCAUGAUUCCUAAAAAUAUGAUGGAUCCAAUACUGUUAGCAUGGACCUCUUUUUGGUAGAUUUUCUAAAUCUCUCUUUUCCUAAUUAUCAAAUGUAUUCAGGAAAGUCUUUGACUUAGUAGUGCCCAUUUUUUAAGGGUUCUGACAUUUAAGUUAAAUUUCACUAAUAUGGUUGUAGUAUAAAGAUCUGCCUUAAAUUCUUUUGCCUUAUUUUUUUGAUCUUAUUUUUUAACCAAAGGAAUAAAAGUAUAACAGGUAAGUUAAUUUUUAGCACUGUCCAUUGACUUCUUGUCAUAGCAGGUGAAAGCUUAGCUUCUUCGGUCCACCGUGACGUUAUUUCCCUCCCUGUGUUCCCUCAACGUGUAUCAGUUUUUAUGAAAUCAGAAUCAAUGUUUACAUUACUACGACUCUGCAAAUAUUGUGCACUGCUGAGCCAUAUAGUUCUCUGACUGUGCCUCCUCCUUGUACGCCCUUCAUUCUUCUUCUUCAAUAUUAAUGAAAUUGGAGCCCUUCUGCACUUCUCUAGGAUAACCCAAUCCCCCUUUUCCUAGCCAACGUGAUCUCACACAGCCAAAUGCAGUAAGUAGCUCCCUGCCCGGUCUCCCUGCUUUCACAUUCUUCAUUUUUUCUGUGGAAUUAAUUUCCUGACUAUAUUCACUUGCCUGUUUUCUAACAGCUAUUUUUUUCCCCAAAUGUUUUAACAUUUGUCACAUGCCUAUCAAAAAUAUUUUCCGUCUACUAAGCCACAUCUGUUCCAUUUUUUUCUUGGAGACACUUUUCCCCAAUCUUUUGUCUUCCUACUCCCAUAUAGACUGGUGUUCCCCUAGGCCUGCUCUAUGCCUCUUUUCCUGGGAUAUCUGUGUGAAGUCAUCUGGGAUCUCACAUAACUCUGCUCUCUUAUGUUGGAUCCCCUAUGUCCUAGAUUCUGUUUCCCUCUUGUCUUGUUAUACUUCCUUGUUUUACUGGAGCACAUUUUCGUGGGAAAAGGGCACAUGGGCAGAAAGUUUAUAGAGAUCUAGCCUCUUUGAAACUCCUUCUAUUUGAUAAAGUAUAGAAUUCUCAGUUGAAACUAAUUUUUGCAGUUCUAAAGACACUUCCCUCUCAUCUUCUCAUUUACACUGUUGCUCUUAAACCUGUUGACAUUGUAUGGUACAUUGUACAUUACCGAUUGUAGUCAUUUCCCCCCAUCCCUUCCUUCUCGGGAACCUUUUAGUACCUUCCCUCUCCCUGGGAUUUUGAAAUUUCAUAAUUUGGUUUGGUAUAGACCUUUUUUGUGUGUUUCUUUGACAUUCUGUUUUUUUCUUCCAGGUUCCUAUUAUUCGGAUGUUGGAAGUCUUAGACUUACCAGAUCGCUAACUUUUUUCCCCUCCUGCUUUGCAUUUUGUCUUUUUGUCCUGCUUCCUGGAGAUUUCCUUGACUGUGCUCUAAUCCUUCUAUUGAAUAUAUUGUUUUGUCUACCUUAUUUUCAAUUUAUAGAGUUCUCUUAUAUCCUGUCAUUCUUUUUUUCACUGGUGCAAUUUCAAGUUUUCAUUUGCUCCUGAGUUCUUAUCACUCCCAUCAAUUCCUUCUUCCUGUUUUGUUUUGUGUUUUUUUAAAGCAUCCUUAUAUUUUAUUUUAUUUAUUUAUUUUUUGGCUGCAUUGGGUCUUGGUUUCUGCACGUGGGCUUUCUCUGGUUGCGGUGAGCUGGGCCUACUCUUUGUUGGGUGCGUGGGCUUCUCAUUGCAGUGGCUUCUCUUGUUGCGGAGCACAGGCUCUAGGGCGUGUGGGCUUCAGUAGUUGUGGCUCAUGGGCUCUAGAGCGCAGGCUCAGUAGUUGUGGCGCAUGGGCUCAGUUGCUCUGUGGUAUGUGGGAUCUUUCUGGGCCAGGGCUCGAACCCGUGUCCCCUGCAUUGGCAGGCGGAUUCUUAACCACUGCGCCACCAGGGAAGUCCCAUUCCUUCUUCCUGUUUUGAUCUCUUACUUGUUGGGGGCUUCCCUCAAACGUGUGAUGGUCCUUGGCUGUCUGUUAAGAUCUAAUUGGAAGCAUCACUUGGACAACUCGUUAACUGAUGGGCCUCACUGCAAGGAUUUGGGGACCACGCCUCUGAACCCUGAGCCUGCCUUGGGUUCUGUAAGACGAACUGGUUUUCUUGUUCCUGUCCUAGUCACUCUCCGUAUCUCCAGGGCAGCUUACUAAAAAGUAUAGCUCAUGCUCAACAAUAUUUCUAGAUGACAGCACAGUCAGCCAGCCUCAUCUUAGAACCACAGUAAAACGUAUGACCUUAGCAAUAUAUUACCACAUAAAGAACAGAGAUGCAGAUAGAUCCUUGGAUAUUUUUGAUGAGAGAUUACAUCCACUCACACGAGAAAAGAUGCCAGAGGAAUACUUCGAGCAUGAUCCUGAACACAAAUUCAUUUACAGAUUUGUUCAUACUCUUUGUAGUGCCGCACAGCUAACUGCUGAAAGUGCAGUAGUAACUUUGGUUUACUUAGAAAGGCUUUUAACUUAUGCUGAGAUCGACAUUUGCCCCACUAACUGGAAAAGAAUUGUUUUGGGAGCCAUUCUUCUUGCCUCCAAGUUUUGGGACGAUCAGGCUGUAUGGAAUGUGGACGACUGCCAGAUCCUCAAGGACAUUACAGUUGAGGACAUGAAUGAGAUGGAAAGGCACUGCCUGGAGCUACUUCAUUUUAAUAUUAAUGUUCCUUUCAGUGUGUAUGCCAAAUACUACUUUGACCUUCGCUCCUUAGCAGAUGACAACAACCUGAAUGUUCUAUUCACUCCUCUUAGCAAAGAAAGAGCACAGAACUUAAAGGCCAUUUCCAGAUUGUGUGACGACGAAUACAAAGACGUGUGUAGAGCUGCUAUGAGAAGGUCUUUCAGCGCUGAUAAUUUCAUUGGUAUUCGGCGCUCCAAUGCCAUCCUCUCUUAAGGGAGAAGUGAGGGGUUGUAACAUCAUAAACCCCUCGAAACAAGGACUGGAGAAAUAGCACCUCUCCUGCUCAGAAACCAGCAAAGUUAGUAUUUUCACCUUAAAGAAAGACAUUGAAUUCAAGAGACUCAUGGACAAGCGAAGAUUAUGCUCAUAGGAAAGAACGGGACCUCGUCAAUGUAACACGCUCUUCUGUCCUUUUUAUUGUAAACAGAGUUACAAAAACCACUCCAAAGCUAAAAGCUCCCAAUCCAUGCACAGAUAUCUGCUCCCAAUCGACACACAGAUAUCUGAUAGCUGAGAACUAUGUGAGGUUUUUUAAUUAAUAGCUUAAAUUUUUAGACUUUAAAGACUUUAGACUUUAACUAUAUAAAGACUUUUAACUAUUUAAA